CGGCGACAACAAUUUCUACUGGAGACCUGAGCCAAGGUGUUCAAACCAACGUUCCCGGGGGUCGUAUAAUGUACCCCCGGACUCAGCUGAAUGUCCCCGUGUCGUCGUCGAGAGGUUUCGACAUGCUCAGUCAUCCGGUGGAUGUGCUGUGCAGCGAUCAGGUACAAGUACACGCAAAUAACUUGGGUAAUGUUGGCAUGAGCCAUAUGCUUCAGCAACCGCAAGUCAUUACUGGUCCACCCGGUUACAACCUUAUGGCCACCACCGGCCUCGCGCAAUGGACGCCAUCAAUGAGAAAUGACGAUGGCUGCCGAGAUGAUCCCCAAGCGCAUGGAAUGAAAACUUUCGGCGGUGCCGUAGGACCCAUGUGCACUUCUUCGACAACUUCCUUGUGCCAAAGCUUGCCGAGUCAUCGGGACUCCACUACGUCGUCGAGUCUGGCUUCUACAACGCCACCCUUGCCACAGGCCGUCGUGGCACAACCAAAGCAGUUUGUGCGACCAGUAGUUCAGCAAAUGAGCAGUCCGUUCAAGCGGCCGAAUGGACCGAAUGCUCCCAUGUUGGUGCGUCCGUUUGGUUUGUCAACGGGUGCGGGUGCCAUGCAUAUGGGUCAAGCUUCCCUGGCAGGUUCCCCGACGACCCCGACGUCGGGCGCUGUUGUCAAUGUUGUCAACCCGCGAAUCGCAGAAACCAAAUCGUCUUGCCUGAAACCGGCAUUGAGUUCCGAAGAACUUUCGCAAGAGAUGGCCAAUUUGGAGGGCCUCAUGAAAGAUCUGAGCGUGAUGACCGCGAAUCAAUUCGAAAUCAACUGAUCUGACGGGCCGCCCUCGUGCUUCCCGCAUAAAAAAAAAACGCUCUUGCCGCGACUCGUGAGAGUUGCUCAGUUGGUAUUUUUGUUCAAGUUUUAUUUGUUUGUUUUUUCUGACCUUUCGACGACAUUUUUGCGACAAUUUUUGUCCCUUGCUCAAACGAACCCGGCUGGGGUUAUUGGAACUUGCAAUCCUUCCUUCCAAAUUGUGUUCGUAUUCGUAAUGCGGUUUUUUCUACCCCCUCGUCUUCCUGUCGACGCAUUCGGAGCCAAAAAGAGAAGUGAAAAUGACUCUGUUUUACAGAGUGAGAGACAAAAGAAAGAAAGAAAAGAGAAGAGGAUUUUGUUCAGUGCUUGUAACAUAUUUUCUGAGUGUUGUACAGACACGAAGUCAAUUUCACCGAUCAAGUAUUUUUUAUGGGGAGAAAAUCUCAAAAGAAUCAAACAUGGACUUCUUUGCUGUUCGUUGAUGAUACUGUAUGGUGGCUUUUCUCUGUGGUGUCUUGACAUCUCUCGCGAAUGUUUGGCAAAGCUUUGACUGUUGUUUCGUCCACAACGCACGGGUGGUGUGUGUGUGUGUGUUUUUAAAGUGUCGAUGGUAGUGUGGAUGGUUUCUAAAAUCAUCGCACAGCAAUCGCUGCAGCUUCGGGAAACCGUUCCCGUGGUUUCUAUUCUUGGAAAGAUUGCAUAUCAUGUGGCGCAAAUUACCGAAAUCCAAUCAUGAUGAAAUCAUCAAGCAUAAAAAAAGCGAUAUUUCGACUCUUCUUGAAAAAUUACUGCGUUCAAUUUUCGCGUAAACUUUCUGUGCUACCCAUUUUAUAUUGAGUCAUGAACUUUUGAAAUAAUGUUUGGUAUCACGUUUUUCUCGAAUCGAGAAAGGGCUUCUCUGCAAAUUCCGUGUUUUCUUAUGACAAGAAAAAAUUUUUAUUGGUUUUUUGUCGAAAUAUAUAGUUGGAAUUUUUAGCUGCUAGUUUUUAUUUUGACGCUUAAAUGAAAGUUAGACGCGAAUUUUAUUGUCAGAUUUUAAAAUUGCCGGAUUUAAAUUUUUCAUCUCCGCCAAAUGUACUCAAUUCGAAAAAUGAGCCGCAUUCAGCAUCUGCAGAUUUGGAAAUUGUCAUUUUGUAAUUCAAAUUUUUUUACAUCCGUUUUUAAGAAGAAUAUCAACGUGAACGAGUCUACUGUAAGAACGUGAAUUUAAAAUAUUUGUUUGGUAUGAUCUGUAGAACGAUGAAAUUUAUGCACGUGAUCACUUUUUACUUCAAGGUUUAUCCCUUGGAGUCAUCCAGGGAUUUCCGUGUUUUAGAGGAAGUUUCAUGUCCUCGACGUGUGAAAAUCACGUAUUUUUUCUUUUCUGCUACAAACCCUACUUUGAGGAAACGCAGUACAAUUUAAUCGUAAAUAAGCCCGAUUUUUGGUGGGGGGGGGGGAAUCUUGCAGCUAUAAUGUAUGUAUAAUGGUCGAAAAUAAAGCCGGAUUUCGACUUAGUGUUCGUGCGAUCAAAGUUUCGGAUUAGCAGUAUUUCCCCUUGUUUGAGGUGGCUGAUGGGUCCUCUGAGAUGCCUUUUUUUUUUCUUCCGCGGAGUGCGUUUUGUAUUUUGUCUAAGCUCGGCGUUGCUGGGGAACCUCUAGUGAAAUACAAGCUGUAAACGGGAAAAAAG